UAUCGUUUCUUAUAUUUUUUUCAAUCUGAGAAGUGAUAUUUUCUAAAAAUGUCUGUUCCAUCGUUAGUAGUAGUAGCUGCUCUUUUCAUUAUAGUUUUACAGUGUAAUGGUCAGUUGACCAACACAUUUUACAGUACUUCAUGCCCGAAUGUGUCCAUUGUCGUUCGUAAUAUAUUGGAACAGGCUCAAGAAAAUGAUGUUCGAAUUGGAGCCAAGCUUGUUCGCCUUCAUUUCCAUGAUUGCUUUGUCGAUGGCUGCGAUGGCUCAAUUUUGCUGGAUAAUGCAGAUGGCAUACAAAGCGAAAAAGACGCUGGUCCGAACAAUAAUUCAGCUGAUGGAUUCGAUGUUGUCGAUGACAUAAAAACAGCAUUGGAGAAUGUUUGCCCUGGUGUCGUCUCAUGUGCAGAUAUUUUAGCCCUCGCUUCUCAAAUUUCAGUAACCAUGGGAGGAGGUCCAUCAUGGGAAGUUCCUCUAGGCAGAAGGGAUAGCAGAACAGCAAACCAAGUAGGUGCCAAUAGUGACCUUCCUGGCCCUUUCGAGAGCCUUGGUAACGUCACAUCCAAGUUCAGAAAUAAGGGUCUUGAUUCCACUGAUUUAGUUGCUUUAUCAGGUGCUCAUACUUUUGGGAGAGCCAAAUGCAGUUCUUUCAGCCCCCGGCUUUACAAUUUCGGCGACACGGGGAACCCUGACCCGAACAUGGACUCUGCUUAUAGGGAUACAUUACGUCAAACUUGUCCUCAAGGUGGAAAUGCAGAUACCUUAGCUAAUCUUGAUCCUUCGAGUCCCAAUGGUUUUGACAAUGACUACUUCACGAACCUCCAGAACAACAGGGGACUUCUUCAGACGGAUCAAGAAUUGUUCUCUACAAGUGGAGCUGAUACAGUUGCUAUUGUCAACCGAUUUGGGAAUAGCCAGAGUGAAUUUUUCGAUGCUUUUGUUCAGUCCAUGAUUAAAAUGGGAAAUAUAAGUCCAUUGACUGGAAACAGUGGAGAAAUCAGGGCUGAUUGCAAACGCGUUAAUUAGACGAGUAUUUGUUAUAGAUUUUUCUAUCUAUAGAUUAGAAAGAGAAGUUUGAAUCUGUAAUUUAGAAAUCGAGUUCCAUAUGCAUUUAAAACAGCAAAUUUUCAAUCAAUAAAACUGUAAUUCAAUCUUGUUUUAUCUGAUUCUUCUGCGAUAAAUGUCAAUGAAAUAUGAAGAGCACAAUAAAGUAUUUACCCUGGUGAAA